AUGACGGCGGCGGUCGAUUCGAGCGGCGCCAGGGCCCCCCAAGGCGUCGUCGGGCCGCAUGAUGAUGGUGAUGCAUGUGUAGCAAGACCACGCUUACACCUCACGCUGCUGCCGGCGGAGACGCUUCAUGGCAUUUUCCAGUGGCUCAAACCCCAACACCUCAGUCCUCUGUCGCAGACAUGCCGCUUUCUUCGUGAUUAUGUCGUCAAGAACCAGAACCUCUGUAAAGACAUCUAUCUCAACUACUUUGACGUGCCCCCAGAACAGAAAGGCCUCGACUGGGAAUCCAUGCUGCACGACAUUGUCCGCCUGCACCGCCUCUGCACGCGGCCACCAACCGUCCCCAGCGAUGACACCCUGCGCUUUGUGCACGACGCUCUCGUCGACCUGCUGCACCACGCAUCGCCAGCCGGUGGACCCGCCGCCUCGAUCGCGCCGAUGCACGCCGCAUCCCGGAACGCGACCCUCGCGGCCCAGCUCUUCAAGGACGAGCCCGCCCGCCUCGCCUACCUGACGGGCUCGUCCCUCUUCCAGCGCGCCCGCCACCAGCCGCCGCCGGCCGACCGGGCCCUCGCCGCCGCGAGCGCCAAGCUGCACUGCCUCUACGGCCGCUCCAUCCUCAACGCCGGCCGCACGCGCAGCGCGCGCGUCCACCCCUACGCCUGCGCCAAGGUCUACGAUCUGCGCCAGCACACGGCCGGCACCUUCUGGGGCCCCUUUGUCGAGGACGGCAGCGGCCGCGUCGACUGGGAGCGCGUCGAGGCCGUCAUGGUCGUCCUCGGCGCCAACAUGCGCCAGGCCCGCGCCGGCGGCGGCAUCUGGGGCAGCUGGGACAUACCCUUUGCCGGCAGCUGGCCCGGCAGCUGGCUCGGCGGGCCGGGGCGCAUGGCGCCGCAGGCGCCGCCGCCGCCGCUGUCCCUGCCGUCGCCGAGCGCGACCAAGAUGCCGCGUAGCAGCAGCACCAGCAGCGCCGGGCUCGAGGACCCCUACGGUGUCGGCGGCACGUGGCUGCGCGUCGUCUGCUUCAUCGACUACAAUGACUUUUUCGCCUACAACUUCCCUGCCGAGCCCGAGACGGCACUGGCGCCGGGGGAGCCGCGGGCGCCGCUCGAGGUCGAGGAGGCGACGCGCCUCAUCAUUGUCAAGAUUCGCGUCGUCGGCAUCGAGCCGCCGGGCGAGGCCGACGGGCAGGCACUGCCGGUUGUGCGGUUUGAGGGCACGUCGAGGGCGGUGGACGACUCGUGGGAUGACAAUGCCGACUCGGACAUCCGAGUCAAAGGCACGGUCCGGCUGACGCGCGAGGGCGAGGUCCGCUGGACGUCGUUCAGCGUCUUCAACGGCCACGAGCGGUGGCGCAGCGAGAGCGUGCAGGUGGGCGGCGUGCGGGCGGCGGGCGGCGUCGUGGGCCACUGGUUCGACGCCAACUAUGACGAGCACGGGCCCGUGGGGCCGACGGCGUUUUGGAAGAUGGCCGACCCGCGCAUCGACGCCGACGGGCAGGAAGAGACGACGAUCCUCGCCGAGGACUUUAUCGGGCUCGUCGACGGGUUUCUCGGCGACAGCGACUCGGAGUGGGAUGAGGACUAUGUCGUCGGCGAGUGGGGCGAGGACGACGAGGACGAGGACGAGGACGAGGGCGAGGAAGCCGACGAGGCGGACGAUGCCGAGGUCGAGGAGGAGGUGGGCUUUCUCUUACAGCCCAUGGAUCUCCUGUCUGGCACGACGCCGGGCGCGGCAGAGCAGCAGCAGCAGCAGCAGCAGCAGGAGGAGGGGGGGGUUGGUGACCCUGACGACUUUGCGCGGCCCCAUGAUUCUCACGCGCCCAACGGGCCGAACGGGCAUGCAUCAUGA